AUGUUUCUGUACAUUUCCUUUGUUAUUUGUGUGUUUUUUUUAAAAAUAAUAAAUGUUACGGCGUAAGAAAAAAAUAAAUAUUUAACUUUUGUGUAAUCAUAAAUUACGUCACACGAAUCACCGGUGUUGCUGUUAUCCAAUUUUGUCAGCAAAUUAGCUAAAAUCAAGCUCAUUUCAGAAUAUGUAGCACAGGGAAUGUUUAGUUUUCCCAAACGACGUCACAUCUGAAUAGUGAAGCAUAAUCCAGGGAAACUAAAGAGAUAAGUUGAAUGUAGUUUCAGUAAAGAAAAGCUGCGUGUUUACAUUGUGCUGUUGCUAGCUUGGCAGCUGAACUGCUAUUGUUUGUUGUUCAUCUUUAACUGAAUUUCCCGUGAUGUUCUGAGAUCCGAGCAAUGGCUUUGAAAGAAGCGUUGAGCAGAUGGGAAAAAAAGACAGGAGAGAAAGCCAGUGAAGCUAAAGAGAUUAAACUCUACGGUCAGAUUCCUCCCAUUGAGAAGCUGGAUCCGUCUCUUUCCACACUCACUAACUGCGAGAAACUGUCUCUGUCUACAAACUGCAUUGAGAAAAUGACAAAUUUCAAUGGUCUCAAGAACUUGAAGAUAUUAUCCUUAGGCAGGAAUAAUAUAAAGUCAUUUUCUGGCCUGGAACCAAUCGGAGACACGCUAGUGGAGUUGUGGGUUUCUUAUAAUUUGAUAGAGAAACUUUCAGGAGUUCACUACCUGAGGAACCUAAAGGUUCUCUACAUGUCUAAUAAUCUGGUCAAAGAUUGGGAGUUUACGAAGCUAGCUAUGCUGCCGCAGCUGGUGGACCUGGUUUUUGUUGGAAAUCCUCUGCAGGAAAAGAAUGCUUCAGCUGGCGGUUGGAUGGAGAAAGCCUGUAAAAAACUUCCAAAUCUGAAGAAACUAGAUGGGAAUCUAGUCAUCAAGCAGGAAGAAGAGGAAGGAGAAGCAGAUGGAUAAACCUGAGACGUCUGUCUAAAAAUUCUCUUUUUAGUUUAUUUUUUAUAUGUAAUUUCCAUGGUGCUCACAUUGGUAUGGAAAAAAAAGAGCAUGUUAAAGGCGUGACUGUUGCAGAUCAACAAGCACACAUUUUAUUGAAGUUAUUGAUUUUGCAUCAGAUCCGAUUUAAACAAUGUCUUUUAGGUGUAAACACAUGGAAAGUCUUUCCAGAAGUUUUCUACAGGAGCAAGCACCUUUUAUACACCGGCACUUUAGUUUUCUGUCACCCUGUAAAGAACGAAAAGCCGAUGAAUACGAGGAUGCUCUAAAAAAUGAAUCCUAAAUUACAGAUUACCUUUGAAAACAAGUUACAGUCGUUGUUUUUUCUAUCUCAUGAGCCAAAAAGACCAUUUUGAGGUCAAUGUUGACAAUGGGACCAAAGUCCACAUAUCUGUAGUUCUGUCAGAGAUAUUUAUGGAUAGGAAUGUUUUUUGAUGAUUUUUAGAUAAACCGCUGAUAAAUGUUGAAUCUUCUUUUCUUUUCGGUGAUCCACAGUGAUCACACAUUAUUUAAUGAAACAAGAAGAAUGAGUUUAUUGCACGUUUCACCAGUAAUGUGCUUUUGUUUUUGGUCACUCUUCAUUGUUUGCAAUAAAUAAAAUCUAAUAGUUUUCUGAAA